GUCCACGUGGUCGUGGCUCGUGGAGUUCACGAUUUGGUGCUGGAUUUUUCCCAUUUUCCUUCCCUCUCAAAUUCAUUUUUCCGGCGCUGAAUUUUCACCCGCAGAUUGCCAUCUCCUCUUCGUUUUCCAGAUUUUCCCCUUCUCUUUCUUCUCUGUUGGAGGUGGAUUCACAGGAACUGAACUCUGAGAUUUACUCGUCCCUUUGCUCUGUUUAAAGACCCUUUCGAGGUCGUCAUGGAGCACUGGAAAACGGGGGAUUUCUCCUCUCAAUCUAUUGUAGCAGCUGAUUUAGUUCCUUCCUCGUCUCUUCAGCCUCAGCCGCUCUCUUUGUCCUCGAGUCGCCACCAUAACAACCAGCUUCCUGAAUCCAGGUUAAGAACAGAUGCAGAAGUAAAAGAUCCAAUGGCAGUGAAAAAAACCCAAAAGGCAGAUCGUGAAAAAUUGAGAAGAGACAGACUGAACGAACAUUUUCAUGAGCUUGGAAACAUAUUGGAUCCAGUUAGGCCCAAAAAUGACAAGGCCACCAUCCUAACAGACACCAUCCAAACGCUGAAGGAGUUGACUGCCGAAGUCAAUAGAUUAAAGGCCGACUAUGAAGCUCUUUCUGAAGAAUCACGUGAGCUAACCCAGGAAAAGAAUGAACUUAGAGAUGAGAAAGCUUCACUAAAAUCAGAAAUUGAAAAUAUAAAUGCUCAGUAUCAGCAAAGACUGAGGGUCAUGUUUCCCUGGGCCACAAUGGAUCCUUCCGAGGUCAUGGUGCCCCCAUAUUCCUACCCAGUUCCUGUUUCCGUUCCCCCAGGACCGAUUCCCAUGCACCCGUCAUUGCAGCCCUUCACCUUCUUUGGAAAUCAGAAUCCUGGUGCUAUUCCCAACCCCUGUUCCACAUUUGUCCCAUAUACUGCUGCUGUCCAUCCUCCAAAUGGUCAGCCCUCUGCCCAAUAUGCUUCCAAUUCACAUAUAUCUAGCAAACAAGAUUCCAGAAGUAGGUCAUCAGAUCAGCACAGGCGCAGUAAUGCAGGUAGCUGCGACGAAUCGAACGAUGUAGCAACGGACCUUGAACUUAAGAUGCCUGGAUCUUCAACACAACAGGAUGCCUCCUCUAGAAGUAAGAAAGGUAAGCAGUCUCAGAGGAAAGAAAAAAGUAUUACAGAUUGUAGUUCGUCGAGUCGGGUUUCUUCAUCCAAAGUUCUUCAAGAUAGCUCCUCUAACAGCAUUGGCGACAUCCCGAAACAGAACAACUGAAUUCAAAGUUACUAACUUCAUCAAAGUGAUUAAAUUCAAGGUCGUCUCUUCCUUCACCAACCAAAUAUUGAGUUCAGGAAUUUAGAUUCGGAAGCGCCUACAUAAAAAAUGUGAGCAAUCAUUCCUCAUUCAGUGAUUACUUUGCCUUGCCUAACAACCAUCGUGAGGUGCAAGGUAUUGUGGCUGCUUUCGACAUCUAAUUUAACGAGGCUUACCAUAAUUUGAGUUGAUUGACAGCAUUUGUCCAGUGCAUUCCCUACAUUUAGGGAGUAAUUCAGUGGAAUAUCUGCAUGUAAAUACUUAUCCUUAUGUCUUGCUUCUCCAUUUAGUUGGUUUUUGUAAUGCUAAAAUCCAAAAUCCCCGAAAAAUUUAACAAGCAAAGAAUUUUAUCAACA